AUGGAUCUGGUUGUGGUCCUGGGGCUCUGUCUCUCCUGUUGGCUUCUCCUUUCACUCUGGAAACAGAGCUCCAGGAAAGGGAAGCUCCCACCUGGCCCCACUCCUCUCCCUAUUAUUGGAAAUAUCCUGCAGUUAGAUGUUAAGAACAUCAGCAAAUCCUUAACCAAUCUCUCAAAAGUCUAUGGCCCUGUGUUUACUCUGUAUAUUGGCAUGAAGCCCGCUGUGGUGUUGCAUGGAUAUGAAGCAGUGAAGGAAUCCCUGAUUGAUCUGGGGGAGGAGUUUUCUGGAAGAGGCAAUUCCCCAGGGUCUGAAAGAGCUAAUAAAGGACUUGGAAUCGUUUUCAGCAAUGGAAAGAUAUGGAGGGAGAUGCGGCGUUUCUCCCUCAUGACUCUGCGGAAUUUUGGGAUGGGGAAGAGGAGCAUUGAGGACCGAGUUCAAGAGGAAGCCCGCUGCCUUGUGGAGGAGUUGAGAAAAACCAAUGCUUCACCCUGUGAUCCCACUUUUAUCCUGGGCUGUGCUCCUUGCAAUGUGAUCUGCUCCAUCAUUUUCCAGAAUCGUUUUGAUUAUACAGAUCAGAAUUUUCUAAAUAUAAUGAAAAAAUUUGAUGAAAAUGUCAGGAUCGGUAGCUCUCCAUGGAUGCAGCUCUGCAAUCAUUUCCCUGUUCUCUUAGAUUAUUUCCCAGGGAGUCAUAACAAAUUGCUUAAAAAUAUUGCAUAUAUAAACAAUUAUGUUUUGGAGAAAACAAAGGAACACCAAGAAUCCCUGGACAUUAACAACCCUCGGGACUUUAUUGAUUGUUUCCUGAUCAAAAUGGAGCAGGAAAAAGAAAAUAAACAGUCAGAGUUUACUUUUGAAAACUUGACAAUCACUGUGUCUGACUUGUUUGGAGCUGGGACAGAGACAACGAGCACCACCCUGAGAUAUGGACUUCUCCUCCUGCUGAAGCACCCAGAGGUCACAGCUAAAGUCCAGGAAGAGAUUGAUCGUGUGAUUGGCAGACACCGAAGCCCCUGCAUGCAGGACAGGAGCCACAUGCCCUAUAUGGAUGCCGUGAUACAUGAGGUCCAGAGAUACAUUGACCUCAUCCCCACCAACCUGCCCCAUGCAGUGACCCGUGACGUUAAAUUCAGAAACUACCUCAUCCCCAAGGGCACAAACAUAUUAAUAUCACUGACUUCUGUGUUGCAUGAUGAUAAAGAAUUCCCUAACCCAGAGGUGUUUGACCCUGGCCACUUCCUGGACAAGAGUGGCAACUUUAAGAAGAGUGACUAUUUCAUGGCUUUCUCAGCAGGAAAACGGAUUUGUGUGGGAGAGGGCCUGGCCCGCAUGGAGCUGUUUUUAUUCCUGACAACCAUUUUACAGAAAUUUAACUUGAAGUCUCUGGUUGACCCAAAAGACAUCGACGUCACCCCAGUUGUCAAUGGAUUUGCUUCUGUGCCACCCUUUUACAAGAUCUGUUUCAUUCCUGUGUGA